ACUGUCGAGCUUCCGGAAACGCUCGGUUGCAUAUUGAGCUUGAAGAAUUCGAACAGAAAUCCUAUUCGGUGGGAAAAGCCGUUGCUUCAGGCUUUGAAGUAGUUUUGUGGAGUUUCUUAGUGGAGCUAUUUUUGUUACUCUAAGAUCUACGAUGUUAAAGGAAAAAGUGCUUGCUGUCGCUUAGUUCCGGUUCUUUUUUUUUCUUCCUAAGGUGAUUGUCCUAACCCAGGAAAAGAGUGUGGUUGUGUUACCUCAGGAAACCCCGAUAAAAGAAGAAUGCAGCUAUUCAACACGUGCUACCAGCUGCCACGUGUUAAUGAGUGAAGUUUUCCAAACCGACCAUAGCAAUUCCUGCAAAUAUGUUAAUGUAAACGUACUUGGAUGAAAAAAAAUACAAAAAAGCACCCGUCGCAAACUUGAAGACAAGCUGAGUCUCCGUAUAUAAAAAUAUGCAGCACAAUAGUCCCCAGGGAUGUUAAGUGGAUUAUUUAUGUCUGAGAGUUUUUCCACUCACAGCAACGACGAAUCAGCCAGGGAGUGAGUGAGUGAGUGAGUGGCUGGAAGCAAAAAAAAAAUUCCACCCACCCCCAAAUGGAGGAGGGGAAACAAAAGUUGACCGUUUCUGCAAGCUUUUGGGUAUUAAUUUCAUCGCAGCAUAAAAGCCAACGUAAUUAAGCGGUAAAAGAUCCGAUACUGGAGGCGCGGUUUGAAGAAGAAGAUGGACCUGUGAAUAAUCGAGCUCCGGAAGAUCCGUAUGACACGCAACCGGAAGUGCCGUCAACGAGCACAACAACAACAAGUGAACACCCCAGCUGGGUAGUGUAGCUUCCGUUUAUGGAAAAGGUGGGGAAAGUGAAACGGAAAGAUACACACACACAAACAUUCACACACAUACAGACACCCACAUACGUGAAUCGGGGCUAUGCAUGUCCGUGGCGGCUCCCAAUGGCAAAGUCGAAGGAAAACCUCCCUGGGGCCGUUGAGGCGAGCCCAUCCAGCCUCCGGGGCCACGUGGAAUGUCCAGGUGGUCCGAGGGAAGAUGACUUCCCGCUGUCUGUGGCACGCCUGCCGGGCUCUCGUGCUUGGCAUUGUGCUGAUGCUGGUCGGGGGUGGAAUGGCCACUGUCGGAUAUUACGCCAACAACUUUCCAUCGUUGUCCGACCUCAAGAGUAACAGCACCUCGACGAUUCGGGUCCGGAACGAGCAACGUGGCCUACAUCUGAACAACCUUUCCUACGUUGGACCCAUCAUCAUGGGGGUGGGAGGUUUCAUAGUGGUGGCAUCGUGUGUCAUGACCUUCGAGGCGCGAGACUCGGCUGCCAAGGUGGUUCCGGCCCGAUUCAAACUAAGCGGAAACGCCCGAACCACGAACCGGAACGCCGCCUCCAGGAGAUCAACCAGUGUCUCAAACGGUCCAGCAUCACUUGGAUCUCAAAAUGCCCGCUGGGAGCAACAUCUGGGGGUGUUCCGGACAUCGCCGGCAGUGGAACAGGUGAUGCCAGACCGCAAGGCUCUCACUGCUGCUUUGGUGCACUUUUCUCGCGCCCUGGGCACUCCAAAAGCCACCAAAACUUGCGAAAGCCGUCGGGUGUCCAGGAGCGGAUCGGUGCCAAAUCUAACGGACAAACUGACGGUUCCACUCGUUUCCGGUGGUUCACCUUCGAAUCGGGCCCGCACCACCGUACGUCCUAGUCGAGGCACUCGGGUCAGCAGCAUGGUUCAGCGAUCUACCAGAGAGACCAACGGAAGCCUGUUGCAUCCAGCAAUGCUGCAGCUACAUCGACAUGCCCAAUCCGUUGAUGAGCCGGAGCCAUUUCCCAAGAAUUUAAAUCAGACCGGGUCCCAUGGAUCGAUGCACUACGGCUACCAGUACGAUAUGCCGGUCGUUCACAAGCUGCGUGACCGGACCAAACGUUCGGACACGGCCCGGAGGCACGUCCUGUCCCGGCAGACAAAAAUCGAGAAGGAGGACCCGGGCAGCCCGAAGCAGAACCCAUUUGCUGCCGUCAGCCGGCGGUCUUCCACCAUUUCCAAUGCCUCAUCCACCAAGCUAACGAAGAGUAGCAGACGUGCCUCAACUAUUUCCAAAACGCCGAGCGUCGAUUCCCGGGGUGCUUCCGCCUCGACGAUGGAGGUCACGAAUCAGAGCCCGGAGCGGUCAUUGCUGGCGAUGACAACGACGACGACGACGAUGCCUCGGAAGGGCAACAUCAGCUGCGGUAUGAUGGCCCAGAUGUCGACACCCUCAGUCGAGAAGGAGUGCCGAAGCCAACUAUCCAUCUGCUCCGAGCCACCGCUGAUGGCUCCCCGCAACCUAUCGUGUCAAUCGAGCUUAGAACCGUGUGUGCCCGAGGAGGACAGUCCAGAUUUGGAACAUCCGGAGGAAGCAGCACAAUCCAAAGCCAUAACAGGUGCCAAUGACUCUCUCCCGUCAAGACCCGAUUCAUUGGUCCUUGGCAGCGGUACAAGCAAAGGUGCUACUCAUCAUCAGCAAAAGUCAACACAAUCGGACCGAACUCCAAACUCCUCCGGGGCGACGGCCAAGUUUCUUUACCGCAGCAAUUCGACGAAAAGUUUUCGCAAACCGAAGCCUAAAAUUAAGAGCAAGAAAUUGAGCAACGAAUUCGAUCAGAUUUACGUGAUUAGCAGCAACGAGUCGUCGGCGGGACAACAACAGCUGAAGGGGUGUGGGCAGUCGGGGUCAGGUCGUUAUCCGAACUUCUACCACACCGGCGAUGACGAGUUUUACGAUUCUAUCGAAGUGAUACACGAACGACGCAGUAAAAACUUUAGCAAAUUCAGUGCCGCCAACACUCCUACCGGGGAACAACGGGCUGAUGAGCUGGCUCAGGAGGGUGGUGCAGGGGAUCAAUUCAAAUUGCAACCGCAAACAGCGAAGCGACCGGAUGGGGGAGGUGGGGUAGAAGGUCCUUCGAUGAAAACGACUAAAGUCAGUGCCGAUGAGCUCUGUCCGGUCGGUGAGAGUUUGGGGUCGAACAAAUUUAGCGUGGUGGCCGACAUUUCGCCGAUGAUGGCGCUGUCGAAUUUUCCGGCUAGUCCGGAAAAGUUACUGCAGCAACCAGAAAUAGCGGCUACCAAAACGCUCGCAAUCGGGAGCAGUGGGGAGGGUGGCACCGAUCUCGAGGAAGACGAGGAACCAGCAAAGUCGGCAGAUCACAACAAUAGUAGCUCUAUCCAGCGCUACGAUACGGUUAUAUAUAAUGCAGCUGCGAGCAGCGUAGAAAGCGAAGAUAGCAAUCCCAUGGUGAAUCCGCUGGCGGAGAAAAUGGGAAGCAGACUCAACAGCAAAGGCAGUGCUGAGGGUGCAGGGAGUGAUGAAAGUGCACUGCUGCCGCUGAUGGAACAUCCCGGUUAGUGAGCAUGAUAAGACAAAUAGUAACUUAGGAUGACGGUGGCUAUGAGCGAGAAUAAUUUAGGACUAACUGAGGGUGUCAAUAUAGCUUGUAGAAAAUGGGUUCAAAGUGCCACCAAAGUUCUAAAUGGAGUCAACUCAAUUUGGUAUGAUGAGUUGCUUCUCGAAUAGCGUAGGAGUUCAUGAUGAAUUGCGUUUCGUUUGUGUUUCAAGGGAAUGCGUGAUCGUGUUAUCUUACUGAUGAGUUGUUUGAAAAAAUAUUGAUCUAAUUACCUCUUGUUAAUAACCUCAAAAUGCUUGUCGAAGGUCGGUUUUCCAACGAUGUCCAUUUGAAUAAAAUUUUGAAAUUUAAAUCUUUCGAUAGCGUUAAUGGGAAGAAGCAUUGACAUCCUUAAUAAGUUUUUUGAAACUCGGACUAUAUUUUUGGUUAAUUAGUUUUAAAAAACUUUAGAAAAAAUUUUUAAUUGCAAAAUAUGUUUUUUAACUUUUUUUUUAUUAUCUCUUAGCUAGUAAGUAUUUAUUACAGAUCAAAAUGCAGGAUAUAUUGAUCUACCUAGUAACAACAUGUAAUAGGUUUCUAUUGUGCAAGGGGAAGUCUUAUGGAUAUUUUUGUUUUCACCAAACCAAAACUUUCAGCUCGGCUUAUUCUAAAAGGCUUGAUCCUGAAAGGUUUUUUUAAAAUAAGUAUUGACAAAAAUGUCGGAAAAUUGGUUCACCUACGGCAGAAUCCGGUCUUAUUUAACUCAGUAUUCCACAUUGCACAGCUUUACUCGGGCUUGCGUUAAUAUUUAGUUAAAAUUCAAAACAACUCCGGAUCGACCAUGAAUCUAAUUUUUUGUGGAAAACUGCUCAGUUUUCGCCAAAUUUUUUUCACAUUUUUAUGCAAAAUUAAUUAUCUUAAAUCAAGUAUUGCCUAAUUUUGAUUUUGGGAUCAAAUCAUUUUGAGCUAUUGCCAUCAAAACAAUAAAAAAAAUAAAAUGGUGUGAAGUUAAAUUAAAAUGAAGCUGAUGUGUUUUGUAAAAAAAUAAAAGCAUGCAAUCGUAUUGCUAGCAUUUGAAAGUGAUUUUAUCAAACUUAUGGAUUAAAAACACCAUACGCAAAAAACGGAUUACAAUUUUGGCGCCAUCUGAAAAACUGCUGGACCGAUUUUCAUGACCAAUAUCACUUUGUUAUCAUGCUUUGUUAUUAUUAUGUUAGAAGGCAUCGAAAAAUUGAAAAUAAAUCCAAAAUUGUUCGAUAAUUAUGUUUGUUUUGAACUAAAACUCCGUUAAAUGUAAAAAUUAUUCCUAAAGCUCUCUGCAGCUAUAUAGAUUUGCAUACAGCGAUACACAGAUGUUAGUGAUUUGAUUUUUUCGGGUGCUCAGGGGUGCCAAGUGCAUUGAUAUUUGGAAAAUUAUUACAUUGGCCCUUAUUCUGCGCCGCGCGUGACGUGAUGAUUGUCACCUCACCUCGGAGUCACCGUGAGAUUUGUCACCUUAUUCCCGUAGUCGAUAUGGGUAAAGUGACAGAGGUUCAUUCUAGGUGAGUUGCCGAAUGAACACAUCUGUCAAAAUGGUGAAAUUUGUUCGCUCUUGAUGUGUUUUUGCUUACGGUUCGAAUUUUCAGAAGCAAAUUUCUAAAUAAACUGUUAUGGUUUCGGUUCGUUGGAAACUACAAUCCGGUUUAAAGUAGGUAGCAAACUUGUCAAGACAAAAACAUUAAUAAUCUGUGCUACCGAAUUGGAAAUAUCGGUCGUCUAAACUCUGCAAGGAACAUCCAGAAAAAAAAUCAACAGCUGCUGUCCCAACCAGUUUGUGCGAUAAGUAUAUUCGAUUACGCCAACCGUAAUUCAGGUAAGUUAAGAAUAAUUCUGUUCUGGUUUGGCAAAUCUAUCUUUUUGUUUUGCUUUUCAGGUGGUGUAAUUUAGCGAUCCGGCCAAAGGUGCCGGAGAUGUAAGCCCGAAAUCAGUCUUCCGGAACGAUUAUUACGCUGGAGAGGAAUACCAGUAACAUGGUAGUUCGUAUGGUAAAAUAUCACGGCAGAUUUCCUGAAGACGGAUUGAAAAACAUGUCCGCAAAGCUAAGGAGUUUCUCAAGAAAGGACCAAACACGAAUAAAAAUAAAAGCUGCCGCCCAGAUCGACUAAUGCAUCGUAGUAUGGAUUUUAACAUCGGCACGAAAUUUAAACACAUUUUUUCGCCAACUGAGAACAAAUUUUUAUGCUCGAGAAAUAUUGAAAUUAAAAACACCUCGUAAAACGAUUUCUUUUGUCAUGUCGUUACCUUCGGCACCCCACGCAAGCCGGAACAUUUCACACCAACAUCCGGAAAUGUACAAUUGCCACGGAAACCCGUAAGUACAGUGAAGGAACUUAAGAGCAACAUUAACAACAAUUUAAAAGUGUUCAACUUUCAGCUGGAAACUGCACCGAGCAGCAGCGGAAAUCUUCCACAACCGGAGAAUGAUAGAGGGUUUCCAAUAUGCCGCCCUGCGAAUUAACUGCACAUGAUGCUGGAUGAAUCAAACGCUUCUUAUCGUACUGGACUUGAAAAGUGGCAGCUGUCUGAAAUUUGCAACAGGCAAACCGGGAAGCAAACUGAAUUUUUGAUUAUCUUUACCGGCUACCUUAAAGUCAUAUUAUGCACCAAAUCCCUAUUUGUAAAAUGUACAAAUAAAUUAUUUUUAAGGUACAAACUAAUUGCAAUUAUAUUUGACCGUUUAAUACGCCGUACUGACUCAUUUUAGGAAUUAUUUCGAAAUACUCUGAAUCAGAUUUCUAAUUUCAUAUUUUCCCCUUAAAUCUUUUUAAAAGCUUCAACAAACUACAUAUAACAAUUUUAAAAUCGUUUCAAUUUUAUGCAAUUGUUCUUGCUUGCCCCACUGUAUACAAAUUUUUGGUUAAAUUUUCGCCAAGUCGGUACCUGAAUCGGUACCGACAAUUGUCACCUAAAAUCGUCACCCGAAUGCGACGAUUCUCACCCACGGUGACUACGAGAAUAUGGUAAGAACUCACAAAGUUCAUUCGAAGUGACAAUCCUCACCUAAACCGACUACUGGAAUAGAGUGACUUGGGUGACUCUACUAUCGUCACGUCACUCGAGGCGCAGAAUAAGGACCAUUAUAAUUAGUUUAAAACAAGCAAAUGUUAAUUCUAUUAAUUCUAUUAACACACCUGGUGAGGCCGCCAAAAAAUUAAAUUUUAGGUUUUGGCUGAGACCAAUUUUUCGCCAAUACUAUCGUCCGUAUCUACUCCUAAAGAGUGGUUUUCUGCAUCAUUUUGACUUAUUUAUAUUCGUUUCACUAUUCAAACGAUGGCCUGGCGAGAAAUGAAGUCAAAUAAGUCACUUUUUGUAUUUAAGAACAAAAAUUCUCCCAGAGUACCGGAACAAAGGUCCAUCGAAACAUACUGGGCUAUUUUGAUGCAGGCGUUCAGUGAGAAUCUCAAAGAGACCAAUCUUGCGAAAUAAAUGGCAAAAAAGUGGGUUUCUGUAAAGCUAAAAAGCUGCUUUCAGAUGUUGCGUUAUUUUUUAGGUAGAGUUGGGCCCAAUGAACGAUUGUACAAAUAUGAUAUUGAACUGAAUAAAACAAGUAUACCAAAAUAUCACAAAUGAAUGAUACUUUAUUGUCUGAAUGUUUAAAAGAAUUGGUCUAAUAGGUAUUUUUUGCAGCGCUUUUACUGUGAUGAAAUCUGAUGUGGGACACCCUUUAUUCAAUUAUUUUAAUUUGUAAGUCUCUCUAUUUCAAUUCUGAUUUUUUUGUGUUCUUAAAACUUAAUUUUCUUAAUCUUUAUCAUUAACAAGAAAAACAUUAAUUUUACCUUGGCAAAUCAAGGGCGUUCAAACCAUAUUUUACAAUUCAAAAAAUUGUUUGCGAGUUUAUUUCGCUGAAACAAAUUUACCAAAUUUGAGUUUUGGGUUUAGAUUUUUUUUAAAUUGUGAAAAAAUCCGGGCAAAAUCUGAGUUUAGAUAUCUGGGAAACCAGACUGUUCCAGCCAAUUUCAAAUAUAUUUUUUCUGAAAAUUGGGUUAAGCCUGGUAGAAACCAGGCAAUAUGGAACGCUUAUUUUAAAGCAAACAAUAUUUUUAUUUAGGGUGACAAAAUACACAGAGCUUGAAAUUGAAAACUAAAAAAUCUGCACUUUAUUUUUAUAGGUCUGUUUUUAUCAAUUUUCAAGAGACUAAAUUUUCCAAUCUAUAUUGUGUCAGUAUAAACUUUCAAUGAUGAAUUGAACAUGUUGUAUUAUAAAUAUGUAUGUGAACUUCAAAAAAGAAAUUUAUAGCUUUUUUGAUUAUGAUGACUGGAAGAAUUUUGUCUCUAACUUGAAUCAUUUACACACUUGAAACAAAAUUAAUUAAAUAUAUACGUCCUUCUUUUGACCAAAAUAAACUCAAUCAUCAACUUGGAUAGGGGACUUAUUUUGAACCAUCAUGUCUAUCUCUCUUAUAAUGCAACUCAUCAUGAAAAACGUUAACAAAUGUAGCUGAUGCUCGGGCACUAAAUAUGUUGCAAAAAAAUAUUCAUGAUUAUUUGUUUUAUAGGAAAGCUAGACAAGGUGGUCAAAAAUUAGUCCACUGGUCCAAAAUAAGUCCGUUACGCUGUAUUUUAAUUUAAAAAAAAAUGUUUCUACUAAAUUCUCUUAGGGAACGUCCAUAAAUGACGUAGCUUUUUUUUCGAAUUUUUAUACCAUUCCCCUCCCCCCUCGUAGCAUUUCAUCACAAAGUCAUAGACCCCCCCUAGAUAAUAACGUAGCUUUAAUAAGCCCCCCCCCCCACUUUUAAAAAUCAAUAUUUAAUUUAGAAUAAUACAAAAAAUAACAAAAAAGGGAAAGAACUUAUAAAUGGAAGUUUAAAAAAGCAUAUCAAUCAGUCAAAAAAAAUCAAGCUACCUUUCAACAAACAGGAUAGCUAGUAAGUAUUCAAUGAGUUGCGUCGGUCCAAAUUAUCUCCAUUCUGGAUUCCAAUGAAAUCGUUGGGCAGCUUUCCUCCAUCGUCUGUUCGGCUGGAAUAAUUGCAUCUGCGAUGUCGGCUGCCUCCACCCACUCUCUAUCGUCCUCCGGAGUGAUGACCAGCACUUCGUGUCCUCUUUUGCCUACAAUUCGCUUUGGACGAAUCUAUCUAUCCGAGGCUGGGGCCUUGUGGAUUUUGCUAUGCUCCUUUUGGAGAACAUUUGAAGCAAAAUAUAAAUUGCAUUACUUGCAUGUACGCUCUUUGAUACGCUUGAAAACAGUCGGGCAGUAGGAGUCAAAAGCUACAUGUUCAGACUGGAUUGAAUUAGGCAUAAUUUUGCUCAAUUUUGAUUUUUUUUUCGAUAUUUAAUCAAAGCUACGUAGCUUUACUUGAACCCCUACCCCCCCCCCCCCCUCUCGUCACACAUCGUCACACAAAGUUAAACUCCCCCCCCCCUCCCCCUCAAAUGCUACGUCAUUUAUGGAUAUUCCCUUAACCUUCCAAAGCCGUUCGAUAAAUAUCCGUUUCUGAAAAAUUUGAGUUGUAGUUUGAUUUCGUUCUCCUGGCUGUAAAUGUUAACCGAUUUUGAUGUUAUUAUAUUCAUUGUGUAGGUAAUUUAUUUUUAUAACCCAACAUUUCAAAAAUAAGUCGAUAUGUAUAACUAGUUUAUCAAAAACUGGUUCAGAAAGUAAAAAGUCCGAAAAAUCAAUUUCUUUUUAAAAUACCGUAAUCCGGGGUAAUAUUGUUCACUUUUUCAAUAUUUUUCGAUUAUUUUUCCUUUUUAUGGGAAUGUGGCAAGUUUCAUAUUUUUUAAACCAGUACUGGACUCCUAUGAACGUAAAACAUGUUUGCAGAAAUUUAUUUGACAACUUUAAAUUUGAUUUAAAAUCGAUUUCGUCGCUGUUCAGGAAUUGAUGCUUUGAGGUUACAUUGAUCAGUCUCCAUUUUGAUGGUUUUAACGAGUUUUAUUGAUCACUAGCUGACCCGUUGUGCUUUGCUACACCUUCCGGAAAUAAAUGUAAUUUGUAAAAAUUUAUUCAAAUGUAGAUUUUAGAGAGCAUUUUUUUAAAUCAAACCUCAUCAUACUUCAGAACCAACAACUUUGAAAUGAGAGCUGCAGCUGCAGUUCUGAAUUGCAAUUCAAAGAUGGUAUAUAUUAUUUAUUGAAACUUGAUCUCUAAACUCUUUUUUCAAGAUCUGAAAUUUGUACUCUGUACCCAAAAAAACUUUUUAAAAUUUGGUCCCUUCUUUGAAAAGCUCUUUAUCUUAAAUUUACAUGGGAGCUCUCCCAUCUUUUUCAAUUUUGUCCCCCACUGCUUGAAGAAGGUAGGCAAAUUUAACCGGCUCGAUACCCAAACAGCACUUAUCAUGGUAAUGAAAAAUAUUUUAAAUUAGUUAUGUUUUAAAUACAGUGCAAAUUUCUUUUUUUUUUUAAAUAAAUUUACUACAGUAAACAUAUAAAUAUUUAAAAAAAAUACCAGUUGCAUCACUAAAUAAGUUCUCAGCGUUUUUUUUUUAUUUUCUCUUUGAAAGUCAAAUAUUCAAAAAUGUUGGCAAAAACAAAUUUCUAAGUUUACAUUUGUCUCGUAUAUUGGGGCAAGUGUCAAUGCAAAGCUUAUUUACAGAUGCGUCAGAGUAAUGGCUUUAAAAUGGAUUUAAUACGAAUUCCUGUUUUUUGUUCUAUCAAGUUUCACUGAUCGAUCUGCAGUAUUCCUGCAAUAUAAAUUUAUGUUGGUUACUCCACUUUAAACGAAUGCUGUUCAAUAUCCGCUGCACUUUCAACAUUCGGAAUACCCCUUCUGGUCUUUCCAACAUAUUGAAUCAUUUUGAAAAUGAAUUUCUUAAAAGUUCGACGUUUGCCCUUGCCCCACCGUGUAAGUUGACAGAAGGGAAUAUUGUUUUUAACACUUUAAGGGUAAACUAAAAAUUUCUUUUAAAAAUUUUGCGUCCAGUUGAAUAUCAGUUCUAACUAAAGUCUCGCUUUUCAAAAACGAAGCGGAUCAAAAGUCUCUUUUAUGCAGCCAUGUAACACAAAAACACUUUUCAUGUUAAGUACGUACUUAAAUUGGUAUGUAAGCAAAAAGUACGAUGGUUUUUUCAGAAUUAUUUAAAAUAAAAAGCUCCCAUUUUCAUUUCUAGAUUCGUUUCAGCUGUGUAUUUGGGCCGAAGUAACAAUUUCUAGAAGAAAACAUAAUUUUUAAUUUUUUUUAACAGAAAAAGUUGAACGUUUGAACAUGUUCUGAUGUUCCUUGAAUGAAAAGUCGAAUGCUGCCUACAUUAACACGAACUAAAUAUUGAAGUAUUUUUGCAAAUCUUUCAAUUGGUUUUGAUUCGAUUGAUAAAAUAUCAAUCCGUGUCACAUCUAGGCGUCAUUUAUUACCACGUGCUGUGUACAAAUCAAAUAAGCAAGAAAAAAACACAUCUAGGUUGCAUAUCGCCCCCACGUGUUUGAGAAACAGGCGCCUUAUUGUUAAAUUUUCCAGCAAUCAAUAAAUAGUGUGCUUUGGUUACUAUCCUCUUGCGACGACGUUUGUUCGCCCAUGGAGACGAAAAACAAACCCCUCAAAGAAAAUAUGCUUGGUUGAGAAAUACGCGCCAAAAUAUUCCUACUGAUCAGUAUGCUAUGCCUGGGCUACUUUCCUUUGGCUCGCGACGCCUCGACCAUAGAGACGAAAAACAAACCGCCCAAAGGAAAAAAAAAUCUCAAGAAAAUGGAUGUCAUGACUUUAAUUUGUUUCGAAAAACUACAAAUUUUGUAUGGAAGCCCCCCUUCCCUUAAGUCGGAUGGAGUUUUGACUAUUACAGAAACCAUCCCCGGCAUCAAAAACCCUCAGAUGCCAAUUUUGACGAUGAUCGGUUCAGUAGUUUCCGAGUCUAUAGGGAACAGACAGACAGACAAACAUUCAUUUUUAUAUAUAUAGAUAAAGGAUACAAAAAAGCUUAAUCAUUGUUAACAAACUCUAAUUUAUCAAUUUUACCUAAAAACAGUUUUCAAAAAUUUGAACUAUAAGCAAAGUUAUUGAUGAUAAUGUGGAAAAAUUUAUUGAUGGUCAAUGUAACCCCAGUGAUCAAAGUUUCCCCGUUUUACGGUACUCAUAACUCCUGACAGAUUUUCUGUUUUAAGUGUUUAAUUGAUGUUUGUAAUCGUCAAGAAUCCAUCUAUCCGACUAUGUAUUGUUAUAUGUUGGGAUCCAAUGAAAGUUUUGACCACUAUCUAAGAUCCCUCGGUAGAAAAAAUCUUACUUUAAAAAAUCGACAUCCAAUUUUGACUUUGCUUAGCUGUGUUUCAUUUCCCAAUGAAUCGAUUUUCAAAACUCUUAUUUUAACUUUUUGUCGUUAAUUUGAUCAUUAUUUUCAUAGAACAUACUUGGUUUAUCAAAACUCCCAGUUCUUCAGUAUAUUGCAAUGAUGAUGUGCGCUUCGAGUCUUAUUGAACCGAACAGCUUUGGUGGGUUAAAUUCAAUAGUUUAAAUUUUGGUUUAGUUCCAAAUUUUAACUCGUAUUUUUUCUGGUGUUUCGAAAAUAUUGAUUUGUAAACUAGACUGCUAAAAAUUUAUUCCCAAGCAAAUUUUUAAUUCAGAGUAAGGAUCAUCAUUUUGAAUAAUUUAUUAAUAACUUAACCAAUUCCAAUACGUAGGUAUGUAGCUCAUUGGCUCCGGCGUUCAGAACUUGUUAAAUUAUGAGUUUUCUUUCUUUUUUUGUUUACUUGAUAUAUUCCUUCUGAUGCAUAUUGCACAGAAAGCUUGACACCUGAUCCCCGAAUGUCCUGAUACUUUGAAUUACUUCGAUAUCAAUUCGCCAAAGCCGACCACACUUUACAGUAAGAGUCCGAGAAUUCCACCGACCCAAUGAAAAAAAAAUUUUGUUCACUAAUUUUCGCCCCAUCACGACAUCAAAGGCAACCUGGAUCAUUUCAAAAUAUGCAAAGGUGAUUGGUAGGCAAUAUCGACGCUAAAUGGCAAUGUAAUCAUUUUGCGAAAAAUCAAUUGAUUUUUCUCUCAAAUAUCUCGCUCGACUGUUUGUCUGUGACUUAACCAUUGAUAUGAAUUUUCGAUACAUUUUUUUCAAGUCAACUGCUUUAGAAAUCAAUUUUCUUAUUUAUUCUGCAUUUUUGUAUUGAUUAUAUUUCUAGCUGAAUUCGAGUGAGUGAGAGAUCACCAUCAGGAUCAGCAUCGUUAUCGACCUCAGGAUCAAAUUUAGAAUAAGAAUCAGGGUCAGCAUAAGUAUUAAAAUGCUUAGGAAUAUAAUUGAGAUUGGGAGCUAGGAUCAGAAAAAGAAUCGGGAUAAAAAUCUGAAUCAUGUUCCGAAACAGGAUCAAGGUCAAGGUCAGGUCAGGUCAAGCUCAUGAUCAGAAUCCGUAAUCUUAUCAUUAUCUCCAUUCUGAUCUUUUUUUGGUUGAUAAUGUUGUUCAACUAAGGAAGUUUAAAAAAAAUAAAGUUCAAGAAGUUGUGUACAAGCCAAAACCGGAAGUUUAAAGUGUGAUCAAAGUACUGGAUGUGUUAACCGAACCUUCGCAAUCACUUGAUUUCUCAAAUUUACGUUUUCCGUUCUUUAUUUUUGCUCUCGACCGGGAAUAGAUUUCUGUCCAACUUUUCGCACCAAAAUAAGAAUCAAGAAUGAUCACAGUAACCCAUUCAUCGACCGAUCUCAUCAGUUCAUCCGCUCACACAUUCAUUCAGUUAAUUAACACUCACACACCACUCAUAUUACACACUUCAAUCGCCUGAUCAAGUAGCUUUACUUUUUAACCCAGUUUACGCUGUUUUCUGGAAUCAAUCAACUAUGUUAGAUAUAUCACUAUCUGUGUUAUCUUCAAACGAAUAUAGCAGAGAAUUUUAUCAAGGUAUUUAUGUAAGUAUCUGAUACUUAUACUAUAUUUUACUCAAUUAUUAAACAUAAAUCUUUUCUCUAGUUCAUACCUACCACACUGGAAUUUACUGCAAAAUCUCGAAAGUGUUCGAGCUUGAUUGAGUGAAUUUAUUUAUAAAAUACAAAAAUAAAAAGAAAUAAGUUCAAAAUUGAACCAUCCCUUGCUGCGUGAACCAUCCCUUGCUGCGAGAGUUUCAAAACUUUCGCAGUUCGGGAAUACAAAUGUUUGCUAAGAAAAUCGAAGGCUAUUUUAAGUAUUCCUCUCAUGUCAAAUUUGAAUUCUUAUGGAUACUCUUAGCUCUCUAUGCUCAUAAAUUGUAGAAAAUUUGUUUUAGCUUUUCGAUGUCGAUAAAAAGGGGGUACCUUAAAAAUUAUUUCUUAGUACACGCCUGAGCCUUUUGAGUUGCCAAAAUCGAACGGUUUUUUCAUCAACUUUUUUGCCACUUGUUUUUAUUAUCAUUUAAACAAUUUCGGUAAAUUUUUUCGGUAAAAAAAAUAUUUUUGUAGUUAUAAACAUUUAAGAACAUAAAAACAUAUUCACGGUGUUUGUCCAAAUUAUAUUGGUCUUUUCACAGCGGAAAAUGUCGUUUCAAAAUACCGUUCGAUUUUGGCACAUGUGCAAAAAUCGGAUGUUGCCAAAAUCGAAUGUUGCCAAAAACGAACGGGGUUUGUACAUUCAAAAAGUAGGUAGGAGAACUUGGGGUAAGCCUGGCUUCCUAAAGAAAAUAAUCAUUUGGCAAGAACUGAAAGCAUUUUUAUUAUAUUUCCUUCACAGAAUCGUUGGUAAGGUUGUCUUGAAUAAGAUAUUUACGUUGUCAAUGAUUUCGUACCAUUUUUUUAAAAGUAUAUUACCUAUUAAAAUAUAAAAACAGUGGCAAAAACAGUGUUCAUAACCGCUCAAUGAAAGAUAUUAUUAUUCUGUACAAUGCAGAUAAGUAUUGCAGUUAUCAGUUUACCAAUUCCGGAAAUUUUACCGAAACAAAAAGAAAUAUCGAAUUAAGAAACUAGAUAUUAUGUAUACCUAUCACCCGACCAUGUCCAGGGUUUAAGCAGCUUUUUUUUAAAGAAUUUUAUGGAUGCCUGUCCUUUAUACAUGGAAUUUUAAGUGUCUUUUUAAGACAUAAACACAUGGAAUGGCCAGUUUUCUGACUAUAGAGGUGGACGCUAGCCUCAGGAGACAAAUUGUAACGUAACAUGCCCAAGUAACAAUUUUAGCUUUAUUAUGGUCAGCAAAAUGUCGUUUGGACCAUAGCAUUAAUCUUCAUAAAAAGCUAAAGUACAUUCAUGACCAUUGACCUGACCAAUGACCGACCAUUCAUUAGAAUGCGCCAUACCAUCAGCCAUCUUCCCAACUUAGCUAUAUUUUGAGAAUACUUAGUCUUACUUUAAGAUUCAAACUAAAGUUUUAAAGUUCAACUUUUAAAUUUUCCAGUUGAUUUUAGUAAAUAUCAUUAUACUGUUAAGAGUAGCUUCAUGCUUCAACGUGUGGAAUAAAGUCAUUAAAGCAUAGAAAUUGGUUCCGAAUCCGAUUUGAUAACAGCCUUUAUACCAUUAGGUAUGUAAACUAUUAAUAGAAUCUGAAAGGACCCGUACACACAAAAAUGAAGAUACCAUCAAGAUACAUAUACCUUCUAGGUGGCAAUAAUGGCUCUGGUCCUGCUGCCAAGCCCUCACAGGUCAGGCCAAGCACUAGGAAACCAACCGGAUGUUAAUGGAAGUUAUAAAAGUAAACGAUCUUGUGAAUGGAAAACCAAUGUCGAAGCAAACGAAGGGUGGGUCCGGAACAAAGUUCCUAACCUGCCGGUGUUGUUGCCAUAAAAAUUCAUUUAUCACGUGUUUCAUUGAAAAACAAACGAUGGGCGAUGGCCAAAGGAUAUUCGUUAAGGGAAGCGAGCGACAAAUGCAGGCUAGCAAGCUAGCUGGUGAGCAAAUAGAUAAAUAUUUGAAUCGAUGUUUUCAUUAGAAUUGUUGGUUCCCAUCCUGCUGCUACUAGGGGAAAAGUUCAUAUAACGCCCCAUGUGGCUAAUACGCGCCACCCUUGUUUUGAAGAAUCUGAAGCAUUUUAAGCCUGCAAAAUAUUACCAAUUUGUUCUAAAUGCUGUGAUUGGUCAUGGCAAGUAUGAAUUUUUCCUUAAAAUGCUCCUGUGUCGUGAUAAUUUCACAAUUUAGGUUUUUCUUCAUUUCGAUCUAAAUUUUAAAACACUUUCAAUAAGGUGUCAACAAGCAGAGAAAACCGAAUAAGACAAUAUUUUCUGACACAUCGAUAGAGGAGAAUCUAAACUACGAUUUAAUGCUAAAAAAUUAUACCGAACUCGCUAUGGUAUGCUUUUUAUGGGUAUGUUAUAUCACGGCCCAUGCGCUCGUUAUAACGCACCAAUCGUAGUAGGCUGAAAAUAGCAUUAAUUUUUCAAAAAGGCCAAUUUUCAUUGAAAAUGAACAAAAAGUCGAAAACCUUAUUUUGAGCGUUAUUUCAGCCCAAAAAAUCUACUUUUAUUUUUUUUUUUUUUAAAUUUUGAUUAGUCCAUUUUGAUUUUAUUUCCAUUCAAAGUGUCUGUAAGUAUUGGUGUGUUUUCGGUCUUCGGCUGCUUUCGGGUGGGUUCGGCUGCUAGGCGCGUAUUGAAUACACGGCGGCGCGUAUUUGCAACACAGUUUUGUUCUGUGGCUUUGAAUAAGGUUUUAAAAAAUCAAGUUUUUGAAGCAACUAUAGCUAUUUGAGUAAUAAAAAAUCAUAGGCAUUUGUAGAAAACAAUUUUCUUCAACGAUUGCACCCAUUUUUAACACAAUUUAUACGUGGAAUACAUAGAAAAUCAGCGAUUCGCUUAGGUGGCGCAUAAUAGGGCAUGUUCCCCUACCUACGUCAAAUGAUGAUGGUAGCUUCCAAUUUUCCAUUCCUUUAACCAAAGGGCAGCGAGCAAAAGGUACGUAGGAAGCUCAAAGAAAAGACUCAUAAAGGGUUUUCCAGGAAGCGGCACAGGAGAGUGAGUGAGCAGGUCAUCGACUGAAAAAAGAGAAGACAAAAAAACGCUGUUUGUAUAGGGUGUUGAGUACAAUUUUCCUUUUUUAUGCAGCAUGAUUGUGUGAUGUAAGAAGUGACUGACAAUUCUGGGUGUCAGAGGUGAUUGAUUGUUUUGUAUGCUCAGAAGGAAAUGAAGAGUAAAAAAAAUCCACGCUCGAUGAAGUGUGGAGUAACAGGGUUUGCCAGUAGUAGUUGAUUGAAACAAAUAUUAGCACUAAUGUGAGUAACGUAGAUUGGUUAGUUUGACGAAAUCCCGACCGUAGUAGAUCUUUUUGAGUGUCUACCCACUUUACAUCUGACGACGAGUCCGACGAAUGCUGACGACACAUAUUUAUAUUUGUUCGAAGAAAUCAUAUACUCAAACUAUAUACCAGGAACAAAAAGUACAUGAAACCGGAAAUGGAACUCAACUGAUGUUGAAUUUAGCAGCAGCACGUUUGGACUGCGUAUCGAGUAAGUGUUAAAUUAGCAUUUGAACAAAACAAACCAAAAGCUCUAGCCUGUUUAAUCGAUAUUAUAUACAUAUAUUUGAUUGUUAUUACUAUUUAGGCGUCAAGUGUCGUUUACGAAAAAGAAGUGCUAUACACGUUCACAGGCCAAAAAUGGCGGAAAACGGAAAGCAAAACUAAUUAACAAAAGAAAAAGUCUUGUACACACUCACUCACUCACUUACAAAAAAGAAUCAAAUUAACAAACAAGCAGCAAUCAUCAUUCCAUAACCACGUGUCUAUUGUUGUCAAAUUAAUAUGUGGGUGCUACCACUUUUGGAAUCCAGUCCCAUUUGGAAAGCAAAACCGAUCCCAAUUUAUAUACAUACAUACAAACCUAGAGUGCAACAAAAAGAGGGCGAAAUAGAAACACGAUAUGGAAGAAAGAGCGCUCCCCCGUAACACAAUAAAUGUAUUUUCCAUGUAAA